GGUUACCAAGGUUAUCAUAAUUUUACAUUUAUCGCUCCAAAAUGUCGCCAAACAAAUUUCUUGCCAAAAAGGACUAAUACUAAAGCUGUGCCAGAAUAAGAAUGUAGAAUUUAGCUGUCAAUAUAUUAGAAUUGCAAAGUGUAAUUGACAAUAAUGUUUUAUAGGCAGUAAAAACUAUAGAUUUCGGCUAGUAAAAAAAAAUAAUAUGAAUUUCUUUUCCUUUGCGCAUCAUUUACUUUGCGAUAUUAUUAUUAUUAUUGUUGUUUAUGUAUGCUUUGAAAAAUAUUUAGUAAGCAAAAUUUAAAAUAUUUUUUAUUUUCUUAAAAACUUUUCAUUUUAUUAAAAAGAAUUCUCUCCGGUCAACACUUUCCAAGCAUUCGGCCCGAAUGCAGUCUGAGUUUGAGACCGCUGAUUUAACUAAUGUUGAGCAAGCCCAUGGUGCAGAAUUCAAAGUGCAUAAAGCUAUAUUGUGGGCGAGGUGGCCUGAACUGGCCAAAAAACUCAUGGAACAAAAGUCUUCCGAACAAGAUUUCGACAUUGCGUCGGACGUUCUGGAAGCCAUGAUCAAAUAUGUUUACACUGGAAAAUUAAAUUUUAGCGGAUGUGUGUUGAGUUUCGAGGAGGUCUAUACCACUGCAACAAAAUAUGGACUCCACAUUCUCAGCCCUACACCUGGUAGCAUAAAAACAUCUGAAACUCACAUUAAUACUGAAAAAAUUUCCUUUGUGUGGCCAAUAGAGAAUUUCUCCAGCCUGCCCGUUAACACAGAGUUGCAUCACGAACUUAAGGUAGAUAUCCGAGAAUUUAAUAAGUGGAGUUUAAUAGUACACAUCAGCGAAAAAACGGAAACUGAUCAGAUUUUUGAUAUUUUCUUUUGCAAAAUACCUGAUCGUAAACUCAAACCAAUUUUCGUGAGAACCAAGAUAUCCUUCGAUGAUGAUAAUUCUUCUGAAAAUGAACAUUUGUUCGUAAAGGAUGAAAAUUGGAAAUGUGCUGAGUUUUCGCGGAAUAUAUCUACAGAUUCAGAUGAUAUAUUGUUACUCAGAUGCGAAUUUAAAUUAUCCGAUGGCAAUUUUUCUUCUGAGACUCUGGAAACUUCUUGCAUCUUUUCAACUUCGAUCGGAGAGAGUAAUUUAAACAGAAGCGUUCAAAAUAUUAAUGAAAGUGGAGCAUUAUCUGACGUUACUAUAAUAGCUGGUUCGAGAAGAUUUUCCGUGCACAAAUUUAUUCUAUGUUCACAGUCUUCGGUGUUUUUCAGAAUGUUCGAAACCAAAAUGACAGAAUCGACAAACGACCAGGUUGAGAUAUCUGAUGUGGAUCCUGAUAUUAUACAUGAAAUGCUUCUUUUUCUGUAUACAGGAAAUGUGGAAAACUAUGCGCAGAAACAGCUAUGCAGCUUUAUGCAGUAGCUGAUAAGUACGAUGUUUCUGCUCUCAAAAAUGUGUGCUCGUCCUUUCUCAAAUCCAGUAUUACUGUCAAAAAUGUGUGCAAAAUUCUCCAGUUAGCUGAUUUGCAUUGCGAUGAAAAUUUGUACCAAAGUGCCUUAAAAUUUUUUUCUGAUCAUCUGCAGGAAAUUUAUUCAAUCGAUGAAUGGAAAGAGAGGUCCAACAACAAUUUUUGUGUGAAACUUCUGCAAGAUGUGAUAACCCACAAAAUGAUUUACGUACGUUUUCGUAAUUUCGUUAGCAAUUAUAAAAGUUAAAAUCCCGUAAGAUUUGUAUGUGUUUUGUAAUUAUUAUAAUUCUUAAAAUAUGUUUUAUGAUUUUUCCAGUUUAAUGAUGUGAAAUAUUUUAAUACUUCAAGAGGUAAAAUUUUUUCUUGAACUUACACCAGUAAAAAUUUAUUUUAUUUUCUUCAGUAUGAAAAAUCAAAAUGCAAAGAAGUUUAUACUCCUGUAAUUCUGGUUUAUGAUUAUCAUCCACUUUCCUAAUUUUCAUAGCAUGUUUCAAAGACAAAUAGCACUUUUAAUGAGCUGCAACGUUUUCUAAUCUGUAACUUAGCUAUAAUACAAUGUUCCUAAAUUUUAAUAA